AUGGCUCAUAUCAGAGAUGAGACCGAUGUCGAGAUGGUCGCGCACGGAACAUACAAGCCUCACGACAUCCACGCCGAGACUAUCGAGGCGAUUGACACCAAUGUUGCUAGAAAAGACAAGGCAGCGCAACUUCUGCAAGCAGCCGGACACUCCGUCGUUGUAACACCAGAGGAGAACAAACGGAUCCUGCGAACGAUCGAUUGGCACAUCCUGCCCAUUAUCCUUGCAAUCUACUACCUCCAGUCUUCAGAUAAGACAGCGCUGUCGUAUGCUUCAGUCUUCGGCAUCGUUCAAGAUCUGAACCUGGUAGGCCAGGAGUACAGCUGGUCCGGCGCGAUCGUCUACGUCGCACAAUUGAUAUGGCAACCGGUCAUUGCAUACUUCUUGGUCAAGCUACCUCUUGCGAAGUUCUGCGCUGCGAUGGUGUUCUGUUGGGGUGCGACUCUAUGCGGUAUGACGGCCUCGAAGAACUUCGGCGGUUUGAUGGCAUCGCGAUUUAUCCUUGGAUCGUUCGAAGCGUCUGUCGCUCCAACCUUCAUCGCCCUUGUCCAGAUGAGUGAGCAGACGAAUCGCAACGCAGCUUGGUACUCAAUGUUGGGCAUCGUCAAUAUCCAUUUUGGCAGUCUCUUGAGCUACGGCCUGGCCAAGAUUAAGUCGGACACGCUACGACCGUUCCAGAUCAUCUUUCUGUUCUGUGGACUGCUCACUGUGGCCUUCUCGGUCGUCGUCUUCUUGUUCCUGCCAGACUCGCCAAUGACAGCCCGCUUCCUGAAGGGCGAUGACAAACUUAUGGCCGUAGAACGAUUACGAAUGAACCAGAUGGGUGUGUCAUCUGGCGUAUGGCGUUGGGACCACGUCAAAGAGUGCGUCCUCGAUCCAAAGACCUGGAUCUGGUUCGCCAUGCUGACGGCUGUUUCCAUACCGAGUGGUGGCAUCACCACUUUCGGCCCUCUGAUAGUCCAAUCUUUCGGCUUUGACCCUUUCACGACAAUCCUCUUCAACAUGCCGUUCGGAGCAGUGCAGUUGGUUGCCACCCUGGGCGGCGCCUGGGCUGCGACUCGCUGGAGGGCGAAGUCACCAAUCCUGGCUGUCUUGUGCAUACCUCCUAUCAUUGGCGUAUCGUUGCUGCUGAAGAUCGAGCAUACACCAGGCAACCGAGGCGUGCUUCUAUUCGCGUACUAUAUCACCAGUGUGUAUCCCGCGAUCUCUCCUUUGAUCUACAGCUGGUCUGGCCAGAAUACUGGUGGUGACACGAAAAGAAAGGUCACCACCGGCAUACUCUUUAUUGGCGCCUCGGCAGGAAACAUUCUUGGUCCUAACCUCUACCGCAUGGACCAGAGACCCAGGUACACCGAUGGUCUUGUGAGCAACCUUGCAAUGUUCAUCCUGAUCAUCAUCCUCGUUGCCGUCGGUGUCGGCUGGAUUCGAUUUCUUAACAUGAGACAUGCAAAGGCCAGAGAGCGUGUCGGCAAGUCCGCGAACGUUGUAGACCUGUCAAUGGAAAGCAAGUAUGCUCUGCAGUCCAAGGGAGAAAUUGUAAACGAUGUUCAGGGCGCUGGUGUCGGCGACAAAGCCUUCGAUGACAUGACGGACCUCAAGAAUGAGGAUUUUAUCUAUGUAUAUUAG